UUCGGGUUCGACGCAGAAAUCGAAGCUCCCAGUGAGCAAGGCGGGUAUAAACCCCCCCAAACUAAACCAUCGAUUCCUUCAAUUCCCCCAUUCGAUCUUUUCACGCAGUGAUCGCAUGCCGCGACGCUCGUAAUGGCUUCGUCGGAGAUCGAAGUCACCGAGUCCCCCGGAGCGGCGACCGCCCAAGACCCUCCCGGCGAAGCGGCGGCGGCCGUCGUCGACGUGUUCUCCGCCUCCGCGUACGGCGAUUUGGAGCAACUGAGGAGGUUCGUGGAGCAAGGAGGCGCCUCCCUCUGGACCCCCGACGCUAACGGGUACUACGCUCUCCAGUGGGCCGCCCUCAACAACUUCGCCGACGUCGUCCAGUACAUCAUCGAGAAUGGGGGUAAUGUGAAUGCGACGGACAACUUGAAGCAGACUGCACUGCAUUGGGCCGCCGUUCGGGGAUCCGUUGCGGUUGCGGAUGUGCUUUUGCAAAAUGGAGCUUGGGUAGAGGCAGCUGAUGUAAAUGGGUAUCGGGUACUUGUUCAUUCUCCACAUCUUUCUUUUAAGAUAAUUGUUAUUCUUAUUUUAUUUACUUACCGUUGUUAGAGGAAUUAUAGCGUUGGCAUGAAGUAAAAGAACGAAUUUGAUAGUUAUUAGGUUUCGUCUUGAGUUAAGAAAGUAUUUUGAGCUUUUCAUGGGUAACUUUUUAUGCUGUGCUGAUGAAUAGGAAGGUGUGAUGCCACUGGCUGUAGUAGUCAUUUCAAUUUUUAUGGAACCAUUUUCUGCCAAAGAUCAUGGAAUUUUAUUUUCUGAAGUCGUGAUUUAUUCUGUUUAACUAUAUGUUUCUCCAUGUUGUUCAUUGAGAAGGGUUGUUCCUUUUCUUACUUCUUCUGGUGUUAAUUUUUUCUUUAAUGACCAUUCUUCAUUUGCUAG